AUGGCUAAGUCUGGUAUUGCUGUUGGUCUCAACAAGGGUCACAAGACUACCGCUAAGGAAGUCGCCCCCAAGAUCUCGUACAGAAAGGGUGCCCUCACCAAGAGAACCGAGUUCGUCAGAUCGAUCGUGUCGGAAGUCGCCGGGUUGGCUCCUUACGAAAGAAGAUUGAUCGAAUUGAUCAGAAACGCCGGUGAAAAGAGAGCCAAGAAGUUGGCCAAGAAGAGAUUGGGUACCCACAAGAGAGCCUUGAAGAAGGUUGAAGAGAUGAACGGUGUCAUCGCUGCUUCCAGAAAGCACUAA